GCGAGCAGCGGCGGCGGCGCGGAGAGGCGCAGCGGAGGUUUUCCUGGUUUCGGACCCCAGCGGCCGGAUGGUGAAAUCCUCCCUGCAGCGGAUCCUCAACAGCCACUGCUUCGCCAGAGAGAAAGAAGGGGAUAAACCUAGUGCCACCAUUCACGCCAGCCACACCAUGCCGCUUCUUAGUCUGCACAGCCGCGGCGGCCGCAGCAGUGAGAGUUCCAGGGCCCCUGCCAGCUGCUGUAGUAACCCGGGUCCGGGGCCUCGGUGGUGCUCCUGAUGCCCCUCACCCACCCCUGAGGAUCCCAGGUGGGCGAGGGAAUGGUCAGCGGGAUCACAGUCUUUCAGCUGACUCCUUCUACUCUGAUAACCGGCUGAAUGUAACCGAGGAACUAACAUCCAACAACAAGACACGGAUUCUAAAUGUCCAGUCCAGGCUCACGGAUGCCAAGCACAUCACCUGGAGAGCUGUGUGGAGCGGCGGCAGCCUCUAUAUCGAGAUCCCGGGCGGCCCCCUGCCCGAGGGCAGCAAAGACAGCUUUGCAGUUCUCCUCGAGUUCGCAGAGGAGCAGCUCCACGCCGACCACGUCUUCAUUUGCUUCCAUAAGAACCGGGAGGACAGAGCUGCCUUGCUCCGGACCUUCAGCUUUUUGGGCUUUGAGAUUGUGAGACCAGGGCACCCCCUUGUCCCCAAGAGACCCGACGCUUGCUUCAUGGCCUACACGUUUGAGAGGGAGUCCGCCGGCGAGGAGGAGUAGCGGCCAGCGGGCGCCUAGUGGCCUCGCAGUGGCGCCCUGGGGAUGGCCUGCCCUCCCCCUGGGUUUGUCCGCAUGUCGUAAUUGUGCAAAUAAACGCUCACUUC